GGAACUCCCUCAAUCUCGCUCCGUACGUUAUACCGUGCAUAUUUCCACAAGGGAGUACAGCUGUUGAAGCCGGUAGAAUUGCUACAAAUCGUUCAUGACAGUUUGAUUGCGAGGACAAGUUCAUGAGUCGUCACUUCCAAUUACAGUUUCAGGCUGCUGAAAUCAAAGUACAUGUUGAGAUUUCUUGAACUGAUCGUCGUCCUAUAAUUUGAUCAUCUGUGGAAGGUCGUAGAAAGCGGCCAUGUUUGAUGAGAAUCGGAAGGUGUGGGUCCCUCAUCUGGAGCAUGGCUUCCAGCUGGGGAGGAUCAUUGACAUCGGGGUCGAUGGCAUCACCGUCCAGCCGGUAGACUCAGGCAAGGCUGUGAGUGCAUCAUAUGAUAGGGUUUUUCCAGCAGAAGAUGAUGAAGCAAAAGUAGUGGAUGAUAAUUGCUCCUUGAUGUAUCUGAAUGAGGCCACGUUACUCAACAACCUCCGGCUACGCUACAAGAAAAAUUCCAUCUACACAUAUGUGGCCAACAUCCUAAUAGCUGUGAACCCAUACAAACAGAUGGGGGAUCUCUACACGUCCAGCAACAUAAAGAAAUACCAAGGAAAGUCCCUCGGCACACUACCGCCUCAUGUCUUUGCUAUAGCUGACAAGUCAUACCGUGAGAUGAUCACGUCCAAACAGAGUCAAGCUAUCAUCGUGAGCGGAGAAUCUGGAGCCGGCAAGACAGAGUCUACCAAGUAUAUACUCAGGUACCUGACAGAGUCUCACGGACAGAGUGCAGGGAUCAUAGAGCAGAGGAUCAUUGAGGCUAACCCGCUCCUAGAAGCCUUUGGCAAUGCCAAGACGGUCAGGAACAACAACAGCAGUCGCUUUGGAAAGUUCAUGGAAAUGCACUUUGGAGAGAAGCACGAUGUUGUUGGAGGCUAUGUAUCCCAUUAUCUACUGGAGAAACCACGAGUCUGCUGGCAGAAUGGAGAAGAGAGGAACUAUCAUGUAUUCUAUUACCUGUGUGCCGGUGCUCCAGAUGACCUCCGCACCAAGCUACGUAUCCAGACCCCCGAUGAUUAUCAGUACUUACGGAAUGGCAUCACUCAGUACUUUGCUGGCAAAGAAUCACAGAAGCAAGUGAAAGCAGACAGGCAGAGCAAAAUGUAUAAGAAGAAGGGCGCGCUGCAUGACAUCCAGGUGGAUGAUUACCGUGGUUACCAGAGAGUGGUGGAUGCGCUCCGGAAGAUCGGUCUCAAGCCCCAGGAGGAGUAUGACAUCCUGCGUAUUGUGGCAUGUGUCCUUCAUCUUGGGAACAUCGCAUUCACCGGCAAUGACAGCCAGGAGGGUGGCUGUGGCGUAUCACCUGACGCCCAGGAUUCCCUCAAGUUUGUAGCAGACCUCAUCAAGGUGGAUGCCAAGGAACUGGAACAAUCUCUAACAUCUCGUACCAUGCAGGCUAGGGGGACCGUCAUCAAAGUGCCGUUGAAGAAAGAGCAAGCAUCCAAUGCUCGCGAUGCCCUGGCCAAGGCUAUCUACUCUCAUCUCUUUGAUCACAUUGUAUCCCGCAUCAACGAGUGCUUCCCUUUCAAGACCUCGGCAAACUUCAUCGGCGUGCUGGACAUCGCAGGAUUCGAGUUCUUCACCCUCAACAGCUACGAGCAGUUCUGCAUCAACUACUGUAACGAAAAGCUACAGCAGUUCUUCAAUCUUAGGGUGCUCAAGGAGGAACAAGAACUUUAUGAGAGGGAGAGUCUGGGUGUAAACACAGUCAACUAUGUGGAUAACCAAGAUUGUAUCGAUCUGGUUGAACUCAAGCCCAAUGGUAUCCUAGAUCUACUGGACGAGGAGAGUAAGCUACCCAAAGCCAGCGCAAACAACUUCACUCACAAUGUGCAUCAGAAACAUAAAACUCACUUCAGGUUGGCUAUCCCUCGUAAAUCCAAGUUGACAGCUCAUCGUAACCUCCGAGAUGAUGAAGGAAUCCUUAUAAAGCACUUUGCUGGGGCUGUGUGCUAUCAAACUAGUGAAUUCAUAGAGAAGAACAACGAUGCUCUGCAUGCGUCUCUGGAGGUUGUUAUACGAGACUGCAAGGAUCCUUUCAUCACCAGUCUCUUCCCUAAGAACGACAAGGAACCCUCCAAGGGGCGUGGAGGACAGAACGUCCAGAAACUGGCCUUCGACAGUGUGGGAAAUAAGUUCAAGGUACAACUCAACCAGUUAAUGGAGAAGCUUCGAAGCACUGGAUCCUCCUUCGUACGUUGCAUCAAACCCAAUGGCAAGAUGGUGGACAGUCUGUUUGAAGGGGGACAGAUCCUCAGCCAGCUGCAGUGCUCAGGAAUGGUGACUGUACUGGAUCUGAUGCAGGGAGGUUUCCCAUCCCGAACACAGUUCUCAGAUCUGUAUAACAUGUACAAGCAGUACAUGCCACCAGAGCUGGUCCGUCUAGAUCCAAGGCUAUUCUGUAAGGCCCUCUUCCAUGCACUCGGACUGGACGAGAACGACUACCAGUUCGGUCUGACCAAGGUGUUCUUCAGACCAGGCAAGUUUGCUGAGUUUGAUCAGAUGAUGAAGUCCGAUCCAGAGCACCUGAGGAUCCUGAUCAAGAAGGUCCGGCGCUGGCUCAUCUGCACACGCUGGAAGCGAGGACAGUGGGGUACCUUGAUGGUCAUCAAGUUGAAGAACAAGAUCUUGUACCGUUGCGCUGCCCUUGUCAAGAUGCAGAGUACUGUGAGGAUGUUCCUAGCGAUGCGCAAGCACAGACCCAGGUACAGGAGCCUCAAGCAAGUUAAUACACUUAGCAAGGAGCUCGACAAGCUGGCACAAGUUGCCAAGACAGUCAAGGACAAGGUUGCCCAACAACAAGUUGCUGCCACCAGCAAGGCUCUACAGGAUCUUAUUAUUAAGAUUAAGACCACGAUCAUGACCAGAAGACAGAUGGAGGAUGCGUACCUCAACCUCUCCAACCAGAUGAGGAAGCAGCUCCUGGACCUGAUCAACAAGAAGAAGGCAGAGGAUGCAGAGGCAGACAGACUGCGGAAGAUACAGGAGGAGAUGGAGAGGGAGAGGAAGAGACGAGAAGAGGAGGAGAGGAAGAGGAAGGCAGAGCAGGAGGAGAGAGAGAGAAAGAAGUUGCAGGAGGAGGAGGAGAGGAAACUGAAAGCAGAGAUGGAAGCUAAACGCCUACGAGAAGAAGAGGAGCUUCGUAUUCAACUUGAAGAAGAACAGAAGAAAUUAGCCGCGGAGAGAAAGCAGAUAGAAGCAGACCGACAGAAGCUGGAAGAGAUGCAGAGACAAGCGGAAGAAGAACAACGUAGAAGGGAGGAGCAGGAACGCCGUGACUAUGAAUUAGCCCAGCGUCUCUCGGAGGAAGCUAAUUCUCAGGUUAUCGCAGAGGAAUCUCUUGUAGCUCGAGCUCAAGCAAAAGUUGUAGAAACUGCCCCUCCCUGUGUAUCUCAAAAUACAUCUCCACCUAAAUCUCCACCAGUGUCUCAACAUAUAACUCAACCUAAUUCUCCUUCUUCACCGCGACCUGUAUCUGCUGCCGUACCUGAACCUCCUUCUCCAACGCAAGGCAUUUUUGCUGAGGCUACCGUUGUCCAAGCCGCUGCUCCAACCAAAUCCCUUGAUCUGACAACAUGGAAGUAUGCUGAUCUCAGAGACACUAUCAACACCUCAAUCGAUAUUGCGCUCCUGUCAGCCUGCAAGGAGGAGUUCCAUCGUCGUCUCAAGGUCUACCACGCCUGGAAGAUGAAGAAUAAGAAGGUUGCCGCCGGCGACAAGGGCGGACCAGAGAGGGCUCCACAAUCCAUCUUUGAAAGUGCCCAACAAUACAACCAGCUGGCACCCCCUCCGAAAGCCACCAAGGCUGCCCCAGCCAAUCAGAACAUCCAACGCUUCUUCAGGGUGCCUUUCUCCGUGACUGGGUCCACCGCUCAGGGUCAGAUGCCCGAGAGGGGGUGGUGGUACGCCCACUUUGACGGUCAGUGGAUCGCCCGCCAGAUGGAGGUACACCCCACCAAGGUCCCCGUUCUUCUGGUUGCAGGUAAAGAUGAUGAGAACAUGUGUGAGAUGAGUUUGGAGGAGACUGGGUUGACACGACGUCCCAACGCCGAGAUCGUCGAGCGGGAGUUUGAGGAGCCCUGGAAGCGUAGCGGCGGUCAGCAGUACCACAUGGCUGCUGUACGCAACAAGCAGGCUAGACCAACGUGGGCCACGCAGAGCUUGAAAGCUCGUUGAUGGUAGAUCAACUCCUAGGGAGAAUGAAUGAA